AUGUCGUCCCCUCAGUUCUGGUCGACUCCCCUCCGCUACCUCCGCUGGGCGUCUCGCGAGAAGCCUGCCAUCUUCUACUCCAUCAUCAUCGGUUCUAUGGGUCCCGUCUCGCUUGCAGUUCUGCCUCCGGUCAGACGGUAUUUCGGCGAUGUUGACCCAGAGCCGAUUCCAUUGACAUAUCCCAUUCCGAAGGGCCCGCGAGUAAUCCCUCAAGGCUUCGAUGACGAAUAA